AUGGGCGCGGACGCGACCGUGACGGCGUCGACGGCGCGGGACGACGGGGUGGUGGACGUCAGUGCGAAUCGCGCGAUCGCCGACGGGACGGCGGACGACGCGCGCGGGCGAACGCGGGUGGAGAUCGAACGGGCGCUGCGAUGGGGGGUGGAUAUGGGUGAUUUUUUGUGCGGGUGUGAAAAGGAAACGGGAAAGGGGGGGUGGGACAAGGGGUGUUGGGGGGGUGGGCGCGGCGACGGCGGCGGCGCGCGGAGACGGGCGCUGCGAGAGGCGUGCGUCGCGGAGACGUUGGCGAACGCGGUGAACGGGACGUCGAUCGAGCGGGGAUUGAGCAUGUUGGAGAUUUUACCCACCGGGUGCGACGCGAUCGAUGGGUUGUUGGGUGGAGGGUUGAGACAAGGGGAGGUGAUUGAGAUCGUCGGUCCGAGCGCGAGCGGAAAGACGCAGGUGUGCCUGAGCGCGGCGGCGUCCUUCGCCGCUCUGGGACAUCGAGUGGUGUACGUCGAUACCGGUGGGGGGUUCUCGGCAACUCGAAUCAAGCAGUUUCACCGGGGGUUUCUCACCGAGGACGCGGACGAGGGGGAGGUUGCGAGAAAUCUGAGGCAGACGCUCGAUUUGAUAGCCGUGCAUCGAUGCCACGACGUCUUCUCGCUCUUGCACUUGCUGUCGCAGUUGGCGGAGGAGGCGAGCGAGGACGAUAACAACCCCGAUCGAGCCACCAUGGGAUUGCUCGUGAUCGAUUCCUUAUCGAGCUUGCUCUCGCCGUUGCUCACCAAGGCGCAUCACCAAGGAUACACCAUCAUGGCCACCGUCGCCGCCACCCUGCGCGGAUUGGCGACGACGCGCAAAACCGCCGCGCUCUACACCAAUCAUACCGUGAGCGCGGGCCAAGACGCGUUGGCGGACGAUCACGGGAGUAAUCUCAAGCCCGCUCUCGGCGCGCGCUGGACCUCGGUGCCGCACAGAAGGAUACGAUUCGCCAAGAUUCCCGGCACCGUUUGGUUCUCCGCCUCCGUCGCCUACGGCGUGACGACGAAACCGGCGAGGUACCGCAUCGGCUCCAAUAACAUCCACGGCGAGACCGAACGAUGA